GUUUCAGAAACAGUUGUCAUUGUGGCACAUGGUUCAUGUUUGAUUUGGUACAACGUUGCUCCGUUGGUGGCGCAGUAGAUUUACAUUUACAGGGAAUAGUAAAAAGAACGCAGAGGAAAAGGAACAAAGCGAUAGUUGGAUCAAUUAAUUAGCGCCACCGUUAGUUACUACUCUUUGGUAAUAUUGGAGUACGUUUGAGAAAGAGGGAGUAAAGAAAGGUUAAAAUGGGUUUACCUCGAGUAUAUUUCGACAUAACUGCCGACGAUAAACCGUUGGGUCGUAUCAUAAUGGAAUUACGCGCAGACGUUGUUCCGAAAACGGCAGAGAAUUUUCGCGCUCUUUGUACCGGAGAGAAAGGUUUUGGAUACAAGGCCAGUACUUUUCACAGAGUGAUUCCUAAUUUUAUGUGUCAAGGCGGUGACUUUAUUAAUCACAACGGUACCGGAAGGAAAUCUAUUUAUGGAGAUAAAUUCGAAGACGAAAAUUUCGAAUUGAAACAUACCGGACCUGGUAUAUUGUCCAUGGCAAAUUCUGGACCGAAUACCAAUGGUUCGCAGUUCUUUCUAACUACUAUAAAAACAGCUUGGUUGGAUAACAAGCACGUAGUUUUUGGCUCUGUAGUAGAAGGUAUGGAUGUAGUCAGAAAAGUUGAAAGUUACGGUUCCCCGAGUGGAAAAACGCAUCAGAAAAUUGUAAUUGCCGAUUGCGGUCAACUUUGAAACGUUUUUACCUUAUUUGGAAUAAACCCGUAUCUUGUAUAUUUUUCAUGGACAAGAUGUUUUUAUACAUUUUUGUAAAACGUCGAAUUUGGUAAAGAGAAGUGUUUGAAAACACUGUCUGAAAUAAAAACGAACGAGUUUGUUCGGUAAAGGAUAAAAAAACGA